AAUUGAACUAAAAUCUGCGCCACCUAAUCAUCCGGGGUUUUUAUCCGGGCUAUUUUGGUAAUUUGGUUCAGGCCUCCUCCAUUCUCAUUUUUGGCGGUUUUUAUGAGAGCUAUUUUAGUCUCUCCUCUCAACGCCUGUGAAGUUGUAAAGACGGUAUGAACGAACAUUGAUCUUUGUAGGGUUUUUGCUUUAGUUCACAUGCCAAAUAGAUUCACCGUCAACGUUGCUUAUACCGAUUCGCUACACAACCUGACAUGGUUUCCCUAAAACUUUGAGGAAUUCGGUGUUCUGCAUUCUAAUUCAUAUGGGUUUUCUUGAUGGUUCAAUGAGAGAUUCCGAGUUCAGCAUUUCAUUUGGGUCUUUUGUUUGAUAUUGAGUGUUAUUGGUGAUAUUUGAUGUUUUUUAAUCUUCAUACUAUCUGGGUUUUAGUGAUCUUGUGCUGAAGUUGUUGCUUUUCGAAGUUCCAACUGGGUCUCGAGAGGCACUUGGCUGCGAAUUAUUAUUUCUAACUUUUGGAUUUGGUAUCCAAAUGCAUCAUUUACGCCCUCGUUUUCCCACUGAGAAUAAAGAGUACGAGAAUCUCUCUCAAGACCCAAUGUGCAAUAUACCCGGAACUUGCGAAAUUGCUGCCCCAAAUCCUAAAAUGCCUGUGGCCACAAGCAAUGCUGUGACUGGCAGCUUCAAGACCCAACUAUGUGCGAAGUUUAGAUUGGGUUAUUGUAGUUAUGGUUACAAAUGUAGUUUUGCACAUGGCAUUGGUGAGUUGCGGAAGCGCCUGGUUAAUGUGCAAGGGCCUGUGGUAAAUCAAUCAAAUAUCUGCAGAAUGUUCUAUUCCAGGAAUGAAUGCACAUAUGGGGAUAGGUGUCGUUUCCUUCAUGUAAGUCCUGACAACAUUAAGAGAGAUAUGGGGUAUUGUAGGGAGAGUUCAUCCUUGAGAAUUGGAACUACAGGAUUUUCAGGUGGUCAGAGAAGUGGUUUUGCGAGCUCAAAGUUAGCGAUGAAAAAAAGAAUAUGUAACAAAUGGGAGAGGACUGGAAGCUGCCCAUAUGGAAAGACAUGUUGCUUUGCUCAUGGACAAGCAGAACUAGAAAAGCCUAUUGGCGACGUUGAAUUGGCAUCUGGGUUAGCGCCAACUAACACUUCAAAGGCUCUUCCCAUUAGCAAGAGUGUGGUUGGGACUAGUUAUCAACUGCAAGUGCAGGGCAUGAAGUGCACAUUUAAGAAGAGAGCAAUACAAAAAAUUAGCGGCAUAUAUGCUGAUUGGAUAGAAGAUAUGCCCCUUCUGCAUAAUUCACUGAACAUAGCAGAGAAAUGUAGUUGAAUCUUACUGGCCCUCACAUCACUAUCUUUAGCUCCUUUCACUAGUUUCUCGGAGCUUCUUGGUUUGUAGAUCUUGGUUGACUCUUGGAAACUGUCGCUUGGUUUCAGUUCUUUGUUUGAGGACUCAGAGUUUGAAGAGUAACCUCGUUUCUGAACUUUUUUUGUGACAAAAUCUCUGAUUAGUUCUUUAUGUUCUGAAGUACAGAAGUGAUCAACAGAUAUCUAAUGCUCUUCAGGACAUUCAAACUCUGUCAAGUUUAUUUUAGAUGCUUUCCGGGUUGUGUCCACUAAUGCUUCAAAACUAUCCUUCAUGGGAUUGGAAUGAAGCAUUAGAAAAUAAUGCAUCAUAUAUCAUUCCAUGUAAAUAUUAAUAUUUUUACAC